GGGAGGGUGGCGAACGGGAGAAGCGGAGGAUGGCGCCGGUAAGCCGACGAACCCUUGAAUGGCUCUACUCGCUGAUUCUUCUCACUACUGUAUUGCUUUCGUGGGGCUAUGUCAUUUAUGCAACCCGAAUAGCAGCCAAAUGGCAGCUGAAGGAGGACUAUCCCACAGAAGCCAAGAAUCUUUGAGGCGUCUCCAGACUAGAAUACCACAGAAAUACAAAGACAUUCUGUAACUCCAUAAAUAGUAAUAUUCAAGACCUUGCAGUCUAAGCUAGAGUGGUUGAGCCGCAGUAGUAAUACUGAAGCUUCAGAAAUACAGAUAAAGAUAAGAAAACAGCUGCGAAGAUCUGAUACUCAGUACUGUUAAUAUAUAAUUGAGACAAUAUUCUUGAAUAUCACUUUGUUUUAAAAGGGGGGGUUACGUUUCUUUCAUUAACUGCUUAUUUUAAUAUGGUUCAGAAGGGUAAGGUCAGAAGACUAACUGCAAGCCGAAAGAGUCAUUAUUAUAAAAACAUUACUAAAUGAGCCAACUGCUUUGUGCAAGAAACUGAUUUUAAAGUUAAAAGAACAAGAAAGUUACACUCCUACACAGUGCUUUUAAUGGUACAGAAAUAAAUGCCUGGAUAUCUAUGGAAGGUCUUGGCAAAAAUGUGUAUGGUAGAUCAGAAAUCCAGUGAGAAUUUGAAGUUAAAGGACUGUUCAAACUAUUUAAUGCUAUUUUGAAGAAAAAUCCUCAUCACACGAAUUCAUUUUUCAUUAUAAUAAAUAUAUAUGUUGUUGUAAAAUAUGUCCACUGUACAAUGAACUGUCAAAGCCCAAGAUUAUCUAAGUAGGGACAUUUUAAAUCAAUGGCAAUUCAUGUAAAUUAAAGUGUAACUUUAGUCUUUUUUUCUUUU